UUCUAUCUGGCUUUCUUGACUUCCUUCUAAGAUUCGGAAAUAUUACCUAUGCAGAACGCUGCUGCCUCAUUCCUGCUCCAUCAUGUCACCUUACAUUACAGGUGCCUACUAUGAUAGCGACGAUCUGGACACAGCACGGUUUUGGUGUUCGCAAUGCACUUUUCGACUCACGAUGCACCUGUUCGGCGGUCAUGUGCCCUAUAAAACUACCACGAAAGACACCCAGAGGAGUUCAGGUGCUUCCGGCAUCCCCAGCUUUGCAGUUUGCCCACAAAGCUCGCGAUGUUCGUUUCUACUUUGUGCCUGCUACUUGCUGCGUGUUUCGCCUCUUCGCUCCCCGUUGCCCAAGUCAAUUUCGAUGACGCUACAAUAGCGAAAGUCGAGGCCGACAUGCUUCAGAUUGCCACCCAUAGUUGGGAAUUGGGCACGGCAGCUGAGGCUCUGACAGAACUGCUGGCUCCCUCCCUGUCAGUCUUUCGCUCGACGGCAUUUCCACCUCCAUCGAGCCUCAGCCUAGCGGUAGGCAAUACGACAGCUAUGAUGAACAUCGCCGUUACCACCGUGAGGACGAAGCCAGCGGAUUCGUUGACCCUGAUUAACGGAGACGGAGCUGUCGGGGACCCUGCAAGCCUCGGAGUAGCAGUUCUCUUAGCAAACUGGACACGGUCGGACCUGGCAGAUCAGUCCUUCGCUCAAGCAGCUCGAUCAGAGCUGGUCUACCUGACGCAGAUUGCUCCUCGUACUUCUGAUGGCGCCAUUUCUCACAGAGCCAGCCAGGUCCAGCUCUGGGCUGAUUUCGUCUACAUGGCGCCUCCGUUCAUCGCGUAUUUUGGCGCACUGGCUGGCGGCGGGACGGAAUCCACGCUGCUACAGCUGGCGUACGACCAGUGCCGGCUGUACCGAAACUACCUCAGUGAUGACAGCGGACUCUGGAAGCAUAUUGUCUUGGGUGACGAGGCAUCCCAGGACUUCCGGCAUUGGGGCACGGGGAACGCCUGGGCGGCCGCAGGCAUGAUGCGUGUCCUACAAACUAUCCUGCACUCCGAUGAAGCACCUCAGUUCGAGUCUCAGCAGGCGGACCUGACCGCAUGGAUCAAAGAGAUUCUCACCGCCACCUGGCAGCACCAACAACCUAACGGCACCCUAAUGAACGUCAUUGACGACCCCACGACAUUCCCCGAUUCGUCCUCCACAGCACUACUCGCCGCGGUCACCUACCGACUCGCGGUGCUUACAUCGGACUACACACUCAUCCCGGCCGCGAACAACGCUCUGAGCCUGAUCAGACAGAACGUUAACUCCGAUGGCUGGCUUCUUGACACCGUAAACCCCGAGACCUUCAACACCUCGUCUCCUCCUGGCACGUUUAGUCCAGAGGGCCAGGCUUUCGUCCUGUUGCUGCAAGCAGCAUCGAACGACUUUGCGGCCUCAGUGUCUGGGACACUGUGACGAAAGAUAAAACCCCGUUUUGAAAAAUUCGCUAGCCGCACGGACAUUUAUCCAUCCAUUAUUCUCGUCAAUGUACACAGAACUUUUGGUAGCCCAUUGAGAUAUGUUCAUCAUUCGGAAUAACAGGAAAAAUUAUAAUUUAA